UGCGUACAAGAAAUAAACAUUGUUUGUAAAAGGGCAAUGAAAUUGAAGAUAUUUAUGUCACGUUGCCAGCCGAGUAAUUUGCAUCUUUUUUACAUCAAUUUAAAAAAAAAAAAAAUAUCCAAGUGUACACAUACCUGGCAGGUACGUGAUCUAUGAUUGGUAUCUCUGAUGUAUAAAAACUUGGAAUUGAUUCUAUUUCAACACAUUGUGAAAAUAAUAUUUAACGAGAAUGACGUUGUUAAUUUUUUUAUUACUCUUUUUCAUUAUUAUUAUGAGCUAUAAUGAGGGAUUAGUGUAUGAUGGAUUUUCAAAAAUGUUAAAUAGUGUUAGCAAUGUGAAAACUAUUCAACUUCUUAAUCAAUUAUGUAAUGAAUCACAAGGAAGUAAUACUAUUAAACGUGAUGCGUGUUCUGGUUGUUUCUUUAGAGCAAAUAAUCAAUUAUUGUCAAUGACUAAAUGUGCAGACAGUUAUCUCAACAAUACAAAUUAUGGUCAUUGCCAAAUGUAUUUAAAAAAUGCAACUAAAAACACAAAUUUCACAUCAAAUUCUCCAGUAAUUUAUUGCUCGUUUUUAGAAUGUGUUCGACAAGUUAAUAAAAAUUCACUGAUUGGUAAAUGUAUUAAUGAAGCAAUUCGUCAAAUGCAAAUAACAACAAUCACAAAUAUUGAAAUUCAUUUAGCAAAAAUUUUUGUCAACACAACUGCCUGCAUUCUUGCAAAAACACGUUGUGGUGGUCCAAAUCCAAUUACUGGAGCAUUUCAGAAUGACGAAUUAAUAAAUAAGUUACAUAUUCCAUCAAUGAAUGCAAUAUUUGUUAAUUCAGGAUAUGAGAUAAAUAUUAUUCAGUUACCAUUUGGAAAUGGUCAAUUCAUGGACGAUUGCGUCAAAUACCGAAAUAUUAAACAAGCAAGUUGGCCUAGUGUUAAAUGUUAAAAAUUACACAAUUUUUUUUUUUUUACUUACAAAAUACUCUUUUUUUUAUAUAUACAGACAAAAUAAACUCCCACUUUUGUCUAUAAAAAAAAAAAAUGUUACUAUACACUCGAAAAUUGUUUUUUACCCAAAAGAUUUACUUUUUGAAAAAAAAAGAAAAUAAUCAUUUAACUCAUUUUACUUUUGAUAUGUAGAAAUAAAAUGACAGGAGUUAUAUAUUAGAUAGAAGUUUAUUAGCAAAUAUUAUUUGUAAGAAUGAAUUUAUAUUGAAGCUAUAAAAUUUACUAGUAAGAAGAUAAAAUACAAGACGUCAUCAAUACAUGACGUCACUAAAAGAUUUGAUUAUAACUGAACAUGUGAUAAGUCUGCAGUGACGUCAAAAACUAUCAAUUACGGACGUCUGCGCAAUGUACAAUAAAGAAAUGACAAAAAUUAAACUUAAAAUUACGUUUCAAAAGUAGUAAUACGUUUUUUUUUAUUGUCAUUGUAAAAAUCACGUUUUUCAAAAACAGUAAACAAUUGGGAAAAAAAACGAAAAAAAUCAAACAUUAAGUUAUGUAAAUUUUUCCAGUGUUCACAUUGCACUGUCACUUGUCUUAUUUUCAUGUAAAACAUAAUUGACAAACAUUUAUUAGCAUAAAAAAAGUGAAAAAUCAAGAAAGA